UUUAGUCGGGACUACACCCAAGCGCCUGUCCGGUUGCACCGGCUCCUCUUCGUUGCCUAGACCAGAAGAAAGCCGGGACGUAACGGAGCCGGGGGGGUUUUGCUUGCUGGAGGCCCGUUUAACCACCGAUAAAUACAGCUUUCUCACAUUUUCUUCGUCGUUCAAGAGGCGACCGUCACCUAACUUGACUCAGCUUACUUUUUACACCUUAGAACUAAUUUCACAAACAUGUCCUGGCAAAGCUACGUGGACAACCUGAUGGCCGAUGGCAGCUGCCAGGACGCGGCCAUUGUUGGGUAUACAGACGCCAAAUACGUCUGGGCAUCAUUUCUCGGCGGUAUCUUUGCCAACAUAACGCCUGAAGAAAUUGACGUGUUAGUAGGAAAGGACCGAGAGGGAUUCUUCACCAGUGGGCUGACCCUGGGCAACAAAAAGUGCUCCGUAAUCAGAGACAGCAUCCAAAUUGACGGCGACUGGACAAUGGACAUCCGAACAAAGAGUCAAGGAGGAGAGCCCACAUACAAUGUUUCUGUAGGCAGAGCAGCCAAAGCAUUGGUUAUUGUCAUGGGGAAGGAAGGUAUCCAUGGAGGGCAGCUCAACAAGAAAGCAUUUCACAUGGCUGAUUACCUGAGGAAGUCCGGAUACUAAAGCAGCCUGUACCCAGCUACCUAGCAGCUCACCCUUACCACCCUGUUGCAUUUCACACUACUUCCAGUCCUAGUUUGUAGUUUUGUUUUUCUGCCUUCUCUUCUCCCCAUUUGUUCUCCCUCUUUUUUUUUUUUUUUUUUUUUUUUUUUCCUUUUUCUUUUUGUGUCAUUCCCCUAACACCCCCCACAACCCCUUUUACCCUCAAAGCACUUGCUCUGUGUACUCUUAAUACCCCUCUAAGCACUCUUGAGUUGAUCCAUAGCAAAGAUGAGCAUGUUGCUAACAGGAUGUCAUGACAAAUUUGUACUUAAAGACCAGCAAAAAAAAUUCUCGCUAAACACUCAGACAGUUAAGGCUAUAGCGUUAAUUUGAGGCUUAUAUUAUUUUUUUUGUCCAUGUCAGCGCCAAUCACUUAAUCCCGAUCAUACACACUCCCUCCCUGAGCAGUCGAUGCCUUUGGAGCACUUGAGCAUUAACAAAGCUCGUCAUGUCUUCCUCUAUCAUUUUCCCCCCACACCCGGGAGGGGAGACUGCGCGCAUAUCUCGGACCAUUGUCGUUUCCCUCUCGCAUUCACCACUACACACCCACCCCAAUCUUCCAAACUGUCCCUCUUGCCAAAUUUUCACUUCCUCCACCCCACCCCGUGCUCUGUUCAAAUCAAGCAACACUAUGAACCUCACUGGACAAACACUACUCGCCACUCCACCUCCUCUCCUGUCAGAUUCACCUCCUAAUCCGUUAUUUUUUUUUUUUUUUUUUUUUUUCCCCCUCCGUUUUUUGUUAGUCAAUGUGAGGAUACUCUGGGGCAUCACUGUUUGAUCUUAGUGAGAUCACCCCCCCCCCCCUCCAAAUAAAAUAGAUCAUCUCGAGCUUACAGUGGAUUGUAUGAAAGGAUCCCGUUGAGGACUUUUGUGAUCACCUCUGUCCUUCCAAAGGUGAUGGAGGAUGCUUGGUAGCCUCUCCUCCCGGCAUCACACCCUCCCCGACUACACGAAAACCCACGGACAUUCCACGGUAACAAUGGCUCAGGCACUUAAUAUUUUUCUUUGCCAGCUCCUGUAAUAUAUACUUUUUUUUUUUUUUUUUUUUUUAAAGGCUGCCAUUUUUUGGACAGUAAGAUAUCAGCGUAUAAGAUAUAGAGUGUGUCCAGUUUUAUUUUAUUUUUCCUUUUCUUUAUAUAGGACCAAGUAUAGUCAAAGCUCGGGUAUUUAUACACUUGCUCUAAAUCACUAACCAGACUCAAGUACUGAAGUUUAAAAAAAAAAAAAAAAAAAAAAAAAAGGCCUCAGUGGAGGUAAGGGUGGGAGUUUAUGAAGGAAAUUGUUUUGUUGUUUUGUUUUUUUUUUUUGUUUUUUCCCUCUUUACCAUUUAGAAAAAACAACUGCUUUUCAGCAACCCAAUGCUGUGUUGACAACUACAAAACUGUGGAAUAAAUUGCUUUCUCUGUAGUCAACUGAGCUCUGGGGAAUCAGACUGUCCACACUCAGCACUGCUAACGUCCAAGUGGGGGGAAUAAAUGAUAAAUAAAAGUAGAAAUGACUCUUAAUGGGAGAUGGGAUUAGUUGGAACAAAGACGCUCAUGGUUGUCUUGUCGAAACUUAACUGCAGAACCUAUGUAUCCUGUGCCAUAACGUAGAGAGAUCUGUUGCUGUUGUAAAAUGGAUUUUUACCCACUGUCCACUAAGGGGGUCAUUUCAUUGGCACUUUUUCUUUAUUUUUCUAGCUUCAGCUCCACUGUUUAGGCCUUGUGGGAUGUGUACUCAUCAAAAAGGAGAGAAAAAAAAAAACUGUUUAAAGUCCUGUUUGCCGAUCUGUUCAUUUCCCUUCCUUGCCACUUUUUUUUUUCUUUACAUCUGGGAUACAGUCUUUUUAAUGCAUCUGAUUUCAUAUGCAUAAAACCAAGAAAUGCCAUAAAUUGAUUUAUCACCUUGUUUACAGACAGAUCAAAUAAAUUUAUUCCAACCAGA